GCAUAAAUAAAGUCAAAGUCGGUCACAUUAGCAAUGUCAUAAUAGUAUUAUAGCUAGCACCUCCGGAACAAUCCCUCGAGAACCCAAAGUGGCGGCUUCCCAACGAUGGCUUCUCGCUACGCCUUAGGCCAAGCCCUGCAGCUGUUAUGGCUCUCCAGUCCUUGCCCGUCGACUUGUGCCCUGUCCCUGCAAGCUACACGGCUCAUUAGCGCGUCAACAUCCCGCCUGUGGCCAGAUGUAAUUGUUCCAUCUAUGGGAGAGUCAAUUAAAGAGGGAUCCAUAGCUGCUGUGCUCAAACAGGUGGGACAGCCAGUCCAGGAGGAUGAAGUCAUUGCGCAGAUUGAGACGGACAAGGUCACAAUCGACAUCAAGGCCCCAGCAAAGGGCUUCUUGCAGCGGUUACACGUCAAGCCCGCGGACGUGGUCGUGGCAGGCCAGGUGGUGGCCGUGGUGGGCGUGGAAGCGCCUGCUGGUGCGGCCACAGGCAGUGGUGCCGCAGCUUCUACCACCGCAGCUGCAGCAACUCCAGCCACCACUAUUUCAGGUCGAAAAUCCCAUAUCCACUUCCCGCCUAGAGUUACGGCAUCGGGGACGCGUCUCAGCGACCUUUCGGAGGCAGAGUACACCGCGGCUGUAGCAGCAGCGGAAGCCGGGGGCCCGGUAAAACCGGGGCCGGCGACUAGCGAUCCGCCACCGUCGCCGCCUGCAGCGCCGCAGUACCCUGUUCCGGCGGCGAAGGCAGCCCCGCCGCCGGUCACGAAGAACAAGUUGCAGUACAUUACGCGACCUGAUGGACGGGGAGGUCCCCCGAGGCGGCCGCUGACGGAGAGGGAGCUGGACAUGAUCAAUAUGGGCGGUGUGUAUUGA